UUGACGCUUUCAAAAAUGUCAUCCUGGAACAUAUUCUGCCCUAAUAGGAACUAACAAGGAACAACAAGUCGGGUAAUAUAAGGCUACUAGCAUGAGUGCCAAGGAAAAUGUGGCUCUGCAACUGGCGGAGCCGCAGCUGGCCAAGCUGACCAGCGAAUCCAGGGAGAUACGCUUGCGCGCCCUCGAGCAGGUUGAGACGCGGUUUAUCCGGUGCCUCCAGCUGGGCGAGCGCAUCCAGUUCAAGCCUGUGCUGCUGCUGAAGCAGCUCAUACGAUGGUUCGGACACACACCGCCGCUGGCCGCCGACCGGGUGCUGGCCAUAAUCCUGGAGCUGCUGCGAUCCGAGUACAGCGAGGCGGUGAUCCGUAAGAUUCCCUAUGACCGCCUGAAGACCGAAUUGGAGAAGGUGCGUCACAUACUGCGUGCACUGGAGUCCACGCGGGUCAGCGAGCUGCUGGACGAUCUGCAGCUGCUGCUGCUCGAGAAGUACAAGAUGAACCUCGUCACGCCGUGCGCCUCCAGCCUAAGUUCGAUCAAUCUGACCAGCCGGGGAAGCGAUUCCCCAGUCAGCAGCGUGGAACAGUUGCAGGGCAAUCUUUCGUCUGAGGACUACGAGCCCGCCUGGACGCGUCCCGCCCUGGAAGAUGUUGAGAGCAUGACCAGCUUGAUUGAUUUGCCGCGCAAUGGCGCCACCGAUGUCUUGGAGCUGCAGGUGCAGCUCACGCAUCUGAUCAUUCGGAUGGGCGACUACCCAGCCGAGUACUUCCUGCAGUCGCCGUUCAUAUUCCUGCACCUGGUUCAGCUGCAAGCUAGGGAGGACGACAGCCUGCUGCACGUGAACCGGGCUCUCAUUGCGUGUCUCAAACAACUGCAGCGCCGCAUCCAGGUGCGCCGUCAUACCAUGUGCUAUGCGGCCAGCUUGGAUCCCCCUGGCUCGUUACCCAAGCAGUUGAAGGUGAGCAGCGCUUUGGGCCUCCUGCUUGCCAACUGCACUAAGCUGAUCCAGCAGCUGCUCUUCCGCUGCUCAAACGACAACUGGCACGUCCUGGAGCUGUGCGUGGAAGCCGUCCGGACCUAUGAUGUACUUAACUCCAGAGUUUGCCAACGGGGAACUGAGCGUUUCGCACAGAUUGUCAAGACUUUGCUUACGUUCUGCAACAAUGUGGAGGGCAAUAACAUGACAAAGCUCGAGGACAAGCUGAUGAUUCCCCGACUGCAAUCGCUGAUCUUCAACGGCCUGCUGCAAGACACGGUGGCCCUGAAUCUCACUUAUGACAAACACUUGGAUCGAAUCAAUGCCAAAGCGCUCAUCCAGCCCAUCAUUUUGGACAGCUCCUACCUGUCUUGCGUGCCCGAUCGCAUGAAGUCGCUGAGCAAUCUGAUAUGUGCCUUGUCCUCGGAGCCCUCGGCCGAGGAGCAACAGCUGAUCAAGCUGAAGCGGGCUUACAGCCUGGCCCUAAAUCAAUUCCAGCCAAAGACUAAAAUGGGAGCGGCGCAGCUUAUCCAAAUGCACAAGCAGGUUUGCCUGGUGGUGGUCCAACUGGGCAGUGAGACGCUGGUAAAACAACUCUUCGACGCUAUUGUGGAGUGCACACCCCUCUACAAGGACAAUCGCCAAUUGAGAAAGGAUGCGGAGGCGCUGCUGUACACCCUGAUUGAUUUGCCUGACAAAAAACUGCGCGAUUACUUAUAUCGUAUGUUGCCACGGCCCGUGGUUUCCCACUUCCAUUCUUUUUUGAACCGUACUAAUUACAUGACCGGCUGCACUAAUUUGGGUCUCGUUCGCCAGCAGAUCCUUGGAUUGCCGCUAAACACCCAGAUAUUGCGCAGGCUGAUCCUCCAGAGUUCGGACGCUGAUAGCCCGGAACAGGUUCGGCAAUGGUGCCUGGACUAUCCCACAAUGAUCCUUAAGCUGAACUCUAUGCUCGGCGCGCCGGACUUUAACAUUAUUUUCGAUGUGGUGCAUCCUGUGCUGCCCCUGCUGAUCUGUAGGUCGAUUGUUCACGAGCAAUUAAGUAAGGUUGUGUGGCAGUUGUUCGAGCCAGACACCAGCGGUGUGGAGCCGCCCUUGAUGCUACGGGGCUACGUUAACUAUAUGUUCCACCCGUUCUCUGAGCUGAGAAGCGAAGCUACCACCAGGAUCGCCUACGUGCUGCAAUGUCAGGACUACACGAACAAAUAUAAACCGACCAUGGACAAGAUUCCGAUUGAGCUGAUCGGCAACAAUAUGUGCGUGAUCCAGCCGCCAGCCAGCUACAAAAGCAUUUUCACUCCAUGUUCUGAGGAACAAUUCGAAGACCAGAGCAGCUUGGAUGCCCUAAUCCGUCUUCUGAAAACAAAAGACCUAAGGCCUUCCAUAAGGAAGUCCACCAUGACUCAAUUAAAUGUGUUGCUUCAAAGCUGGAAAGCUUGCGAAGACUUCUCCACAAAGGAGGAUGGAUAUCGCCUGGUUCUGGAAUCUUUGCACAACGCUUUGAAGAAGGAGAGUGCCAACGAUCCAGCAGAUAUUCUGGUGCCCGCCGUGGGUAUACUAAUGAAGCUGCUGUUUCACAAUGCCGGAUUUCGCAAAGAGAUCGCAAACACUUUUGAGGUGUACGUGUGCCUGCUGCGUGCGUUAUUCAUGCUUCCGCAUGAGGCUCAAUUGCGCCAGGAUGUGAGCCUCUGUCUGUUCCAGAUGCUUUUCCACAACUUUAUCACCUCCACUGAGGAUAGGCUAGUGACGGACAUUGAUCUGGGUUCUAUGCUUUUGCCUGUCACAUACGAAGUGGAAGUCCCAGAAGAACCAACUGCGACCUCGGAAGGAUUGGCCUUGCAGCAAGAACUGGAGGACUCACAUUUCGGUGGAGACAAAAUAAGAGCUGCCCAGCAUUGGCGGCUGUAUACGGCUCACCGCGUUUGCCAGUGUCCAUCCAGUAUCACCUUGGAGUCUGUGCGGGAGCUGGACAUCAGGGAGUCUCUUAAGAUAAAAGUCGCUGACUUAGCCUUAUUACGGGCGUCCAACGUGGACUUGCAGCUGGAAAACCAGCUUACCGCAGCCGGAAAUUGUAGCAAUCACGAGGAUCUGCAACAUAUCGUGACACUCGUUCAGCUGUUCCUCGUGCUUCUGCGCGGCACAAUCAGUCAACCGGUGGGCGAGAGCUUGUGGAAGCUGAUCCACAAGUAUAUCCGCUUGGCGCCGGGCAACGAUGCGGAUCGCAAGCUUUACAGGAACCUGCUGGAACUGUGCCUCACUUGCCUGCGCUUCAGCCAGCCUCAGGUGAAGAGUGGCCUCAGCGAAGCUCUCGAAACGGAUCAGCAUCACAGCUUCCAGCUUCUGCUGCACGAUCGCCUUAUCCCCCUUGAAACGCUGCACCUGAUUAGCCAGUGUCUAAUGCACCUGCUCUCCAACGAGUGCUUGGAUGUAAAGGUGAACUGGCAUGGAAAGUUCUUCAUGCAGUUGAGUACGUUAGCCAGAAAGCACUUUGAAUUGCGCCAGCUUCAGCAUGUGCGCUGCAUGCUCCGGAUCAUUCGCCGCCUUAGCGAGCGUGAUCUGAUGUUCAGUGAUGUUCAGUUGACGUUCUAUUGUCAGCAUUUCAUACAGCUGUCCAGCGAUUUGAGGACGUCGACGCAGACCGGAGCCCAGUGGCAGCGGGAUUGCCUUCAUAUCAUCUGUCAGCUUAACGUGCAUCAAGCUCGACUUAACGCCAAGACCAACGUCACCCAUGAAGUGGCAGUCACGCAGAAGGUUCUGCGCUAUUUCCUCAGUUUGUGCGGGCACAGUGACAGCGAAGUGCGCGCUUUAGCCUGGGUUUCGAUGGCCAAUUUGAUUACCACCUGUAGCUCCGUUAUGGCAAACAUUCUGCCCCGCCUGGGCUUCCUUCCUGGUGGAUUGCCAGCUUGCUGUUUGACCACGCUCUUGGAUGUCCACGAAAUGAUGCUGGUCAGGGUGUUGGCCGGACGCGUUUUAAUUCUGUUGAUGCCCAUUAUUGGUGCUGAUGCCAGUCUCGAUCUGUUGCGGCAACAUGACUUCCUCAAGGAUGCCUACAACGCCCUGAAGGCAAUGCACGUUACUCCCUGGGUAACGAAGGAUUCUGUAGGCCAGCAGCAUUCGUGUGAAAUAAUUGGCUGUUAUGUGGCCAUCUGCACUCAAAUGGUGACCCUCAAGCCGGAGUGGUGUGCCACUCUGUGCGGGCACAGCUUCAUGAACGGACUCAGUGAUGUGAUGAAGUCGGCACCUCCACCAGUCGCCUUCUCUAUGUCCUUCGUGGAGCUGUGCGCAGGACAAAUAUGUGAGUUGUAUGCCAUGUGCUAUCGUGAUAACUUUGAGUUUCUUCAGAGAACCAUCUGUCGGGACUCUGUCCUGAUGCAGAGCUUCCUGUCGCUGACGAACGACGUGCUGGAUCUGGAGGGCCCCGAGCGCCUGCUGGUUCAGAUAUUCAAGCUGUUCUUGAUAUUCUGCAAGGACUCGAAUUCAAACGCCUUUCUAGCCGAGCAGCUUAAGAGUCAGCCAGCCCUAUUUCUGGACUUCUUCCUGUACGGAUUGCAUGUGUCGUACAUUAAUACUGCCUUUCAGCGCUACACCCUCAUGUCCUUGGCUAUGGUGUUCAAUAAGGCGCAGGGAGCUAAAGAAAAGGGGAGUUUGCUGCGGGAGUUGGAACAUUAUGUGAUGCCAUUGGACGAUCUGUUACCCACCGAAGAGGACGAUUUAGUGCUAAAUGGACUGGACGACAUAGUUUCCAUGAAUAAACAGUUGAUAUCGAUAUGCAUGCAGAAUCAGUCGCCAAAGACGAAGGAUGACGACCAGAACCCAAACGCUGAUGUCAAAACGACCAACGCAGCCGUUCUAAUCUACCACCGUCUGGAUCGACUCUUUGACCAGUAUUACCCGCCCAAGACCUUCCACUUUUUGCAAAAACCUGGUUCAGGUCAUGUGCAUAUUUGUGAGACGCUCGGAUUACUGCUGAAGCUCUCGCCCCAUGCUGUGCAUGCGGCCGCUCAACUGAAGCUGCUGGACCGAGUGGUUCACCUCCUAGACACUUUCCUCAACGACGACAACAUCGGAAAUGCCUACGCCUAUGUGAAGCGUGUGGGAGCCCACAAGUCGCAGAAUAUCCUCAGCAAUCUAUUGCUGCUUAUAAACAUGCUGUUCCAGUGGCACAGCUCGUAUCAUUCCUUGAUUAGCAAGCCCAGUAUGGCCACCACGCUCAUUCGAAUCAUCACAGGCAUUUGGCCCUGGUUGUCACACUCGCAGCACCUGAAGAAGAUCACGGUCCAGCUGACUAUGUUCCUGACUGAGCGCUCCUUCGAGAUGUGCAAGCAGACUUCGAUUAUCCAUCACGGACAAUCGCAUUCGCUGCUCCACCUUAUGGUUCGCGUGGCUGACUUCGAGACCACGAAGAGGGAGACUCCAAAUAAGGAGCCCAAUCUAAGCAUGGUGCCCGCCCUGAGGGUAAUGGGAAACUGCUGCGCCUGCGCUGAGGGUCGACUGAGUCUAUCCAAAAUGCAUCUCCUGGACAUGUUCGAUACGAUCCUGCCAGCCAAUCAAUCUUCCAAUCAGGCCACCAAAGUGCGACCAAUUGUUUUGAACGCUUGGCUCGGCUUCUGGGAGGUAUUUUCCCGCUAUGAUGUGGGUGCUAGGGCUAGCCAUCUCUAUUCCCUCAUAAACACCAUUAAACGCACCCCGCCGUUGCACAAGAAGAGGAUCCUGUGCCUGCGCAUCCUUCGCAACAUGUGCUUCUUCAACGGCAAUCGCGGCCAGCUCGUGGCCCAUGGUGAUUUAAUUAAUAUGCUGCGUGAUAUUGUUUACCAAUCGGUUCACAAAGGACCUGGAGCUGGCCCUAACGACCUGGACUCGUUCGAAGAGCACCGCUUGGCUGUGCUCAUGGUGUGGAAGCUCUUCGGGUUCGAGGCCAAGUACAAGGGCAUGAUGCGGGGCACCAAGCUGUUCAAACUGCUGAUCGGCCUCCGAGUGGAGCUGUCGGGGAUUUCCUCUGAGAAGCCCAAUAAAUACACCGACGUUCCCUAUGCCACAGAUCUCGCCGAGUUGCUGGAAAACCUGAUGGAGUCCAUGCGACAAUAAACGUGGAGCAAUGGACAUUAACUGACAAAGUACAAAUUAAUAGGAUAACUAUAACGAAAGGUUUUUUUUAUGUCUUUUAUAAACUGACUUAACCAUCAAAAGAAUGUACUCCAAAAAUGAAACCAAUUCUCACCUUUGUUGUAAGUCUGAAAGAAUUUAAGUUAUAAAAUGUCCCCCAAAAAUGAAAAUAUAUCGUUUAUCUGAACAGUUAA